AUGCUCAUCCACAGCACCGAGCAGGACAUCACCAAAUUUCCAGGUGUCAUCCACCCAAGGAAAUCUAUUUUAGUUCACAUCCCACACACAUCCCACCUGACCAGCAGCACGUCAUCUUUACCAGCAAGUGGCUCGUCCACCCUCCACCUCGUUACAGCCGGCGAUGCGAAUGCGAACAUCUUGUGCUUUGACGGUGGUGGUACUGGUACAGGCUUGUGUUUUGGUAGACCUGGAGAUGACAACGCGGAGAUAAUGCGAGAGGUACAAUCCUCCAUACCAGGUAGUGUUGGUGGCGACGUGGUUGAAGCUGGGGAUGUUGAUGUGGAGUGGCUAGGUGAAGGCGUGUUGGGCGUCAUUGGCGGGGUGAUGUUUGUGGAGUUGAGGGCGGUAGGGGUCGAGCCUGUUAGAGUCCUCCCCCAGCUGCUCAGCAUCCCCCUCCUCCUCACUCUUCCUCACUCCUCCUCUCACUCCUCCUUCCCUCUUCCCCUCGGCACUUAUUUUGUUCCCCCGGCGCUCCCUUCUUCUGUCGUCUCUCCCGAACUUUUCUAUCCACUAGUUAGUCUCUCAUCCGUCUCUUCAAGUCCCCAGAGCAUGGAGCUGGGGGACUCCGCUUGCCCUAAACAUGAGACCACCCACCUAAGUGUAGAUUGAUUCA